AGUACUUUGUUGCGAUUAUCUGACCCCUGAAACUCCAUACAGCCGCGAAGCAUCAUAGCGACUAUUCAGCUGACCACCUUUCCUCCUUGUCCGUUUUUUCCCUCAUAAGUAUUUAUUUCUCUCCAUCAUAUAAUAAAUCUCAAAUUCCAACACUUCUGAUCACUUCUCUUCGUGUGUGCCGACCAUUUCAGAUUUUCAAUCUCCCAUCCCCCACCCCACCCUCAAUCUCUGUAUAUAUACACAUUCUGAUAUAUUGUUUCAUCAACUUUCACUUGCCACAGCAACAAGGAACUCAUUCUUCUCUUUGGGAAACAAACAAUCUUUCUUUGACGAUUUUAAGUAUGAAAGGGAGAGGUUUCAGACUUGGGCGGAGGCUGGUGAGAGUUUUCAGCUGUUUUAUUCGCCGGAGAACAAACGGAAGAGUCGGCGAUAAGCGGUUGAGAUCACAGGGAUGUGGCAGCAGAGCCAUUUCGAAGCUGAGUAAAUGCUUACGCUUGCUGAAGCAUGGAGCAAAAGGUAUCUGCUUUGCUAAACCCAAUUCGGGUUACUUCCGGGUCGGGCAAGAACCGAUUGAUCCAAAGCAAGUGAGUGUACCGAAAGGGCACUUGGCUGUGUACGUGGGCGAGAAGAUAGAUGAUACGUGUAGAGUUGUGGUGCCUGUGAUAUACUUUAAUCACCCUUUGUUUGCUGAUUUGUUGAGGGAGGCAGAAAUGACUUAUGGGUAUAAUCAUUCGGGUGGGAUUCAAAUCCCGUGUCGGAUAUCUGAAUUUGAGAACGUUAAAUCAAGAAUCGCCGCCACGGGCGGUGGUGGAAACUGCCGUAGGUAGCGGAGGUGGUGGAUGAGCCAUUGGACAUUGAUGUAGGAGUUGUGAACACGGGUAAAAAAUUGUAACGUGCAAGGUCACAACCCUCCAUAUCAAUUAGGCCCUCUCUUUUAGCCGAGAGAUAAGGGCACGUUGGUAUGGGGAGGUUUAGUUUAUGUUAGUUUUUUUUUUAAUUUUGAAUGAAAAAAAUGGUUUACAAUGAUGUCAAGUGUUCUGGGUGUGAAGGGUUUAUUUGUACAGAUUUUGUUAACCUUCUAGCUCAAAUCUCAAAUGAAAUGCAGGAUUUUAAGAUAUUGAAAUGUCCUUGUGUAUCA